CACUGGUUCAGUACCUAGUUACUCGGGAUAACUACAAUACGGGCGUUUUCUGUUACCAAAUCACUGACCAUAUUAUUCCCGAAAUAAAUCGUUUGAAUGCUUUUUUAGGCAAUGUGUUUGUGUUAAAAUAUUUAAUCAAUUAAUCUUUUUAAUUCUUACAAGUCACAUUUAUUUUCAUUCUUUUGUUGUGUCUAAAAGAAAUCAUCCUGGAGUCCGGACCGAUUAUUAAAAGACGAAAGUGUGAAGUGGUUCGAGAUGCGGACGGAAUGGAGCCUAAAGAUCUCACUUCAUCCAGAUCCUUAUACACAAGUGCACAGAUCAAAAUCAGUAAUUCUCCGGCUACAUCUCCUACCGUAUCACACAAUAGCAAUUCGCCAUCACCAACACCGGUAGUGCCUACUACCGGUUACAACCACAAAAUCAUUGCGGGCAUACCAUGUGUGGCAGCCGCGUCUAAGUAUACUGCUCCCGUCCAUAUAGACGUCGGUGGCACCAUAUAUACGUCCUCACUGGAUACUCUAACAAAGAAUCCUGAUUCAAAACUGGCUAAAUUGUUUAAUGGUAGUAUACCCAUAGUGUUAGACUCUCUUAAACAACACUAUUUCAUCGACAGGGAUGGCAAGAUGUUCAGGCAUAUUCUCAACUUUAUGAGGAAUUCGAAGCUUUCGCUACCCGAUAAUUUCACUGAUAUUGACCUAUUGUUAGAAGAAGCUAGAUACUUUGAAAUCACUCCUAUGUGUAAACAGUUAGAAAACUUGAAACGGGACCGGAUGAAAUGCAACCGGACAAAUGGUUGGGACUCAAACGGCCCGAGCCGGUCCAACAGCAGCCUUUCCGGUACGAAAGACCAGUACGAAUGCGUGUCCGUUCACGUGAGUCCGGACCUCGGGGAGCGGGUGAUGUUGUCUGGUGACCACGCGGUCCUGGACGAGGUGUUCCCCGAAACGGGCCACUCAGCGUUGGAGCCUUCAGCCGGACGUCCGGCUGUGUCCUGGACGCCCGUGGACUCCAGACACCUGGUCCGGUUUCCGUUGAAUGGAUAUUGUAAGCUCAACAGCGUGCAGGCCAUCACCCGGUUGCUGAACGCCGGUUUCACGGUGGCCGCGAGCACGAGUGGCGGUGUACACGGCCAACAGUUUUCCGAGUACCUGUUCAUCCGAAAAAUGUCCAAUUGACAACACGUGUUGGGUAAAAUGUCAGCAUCAGAACAUAGUUUAUAAAUAUAAUAUAUAAUAUAUCAUAAAAUGUACACGCGUUAUACCAUAAAAGUUUACGUUUAUGUAAUAUGAUUAUGAUAUAAAUAAUGACGAAAUUAGUUAUUUAAUUAUAGAUAUGAUAUUAACUUUUUUUUAAGGCUGGUUUACAUGUUAAAAAUAAGUUUACUUUGGCUAUUUUAUAAUAAUAUAUUUAAAUAUAUAUGCCCGUUUUGUAUAAAAUUAUAUACGACUAUUAUUAUAUUUUGUUGGGUGUGAAUUUCGCAAUAAAAAAACGAUACCUUACAUACCUAUUACAAUACACUUAAGUCUAUAGUCAAUAUAGUAGCAGUUAAUUACUA